AUGGCUAUAAAUGUGGACGAUGCUUAUGAGCUGUAUGAGAGGAUAGCAGAAAAUCAAUCGAUGUGGUCGAGUAACAAGGAAGUCCUGAGGAAAAUAACUGUUAUAUAUAAUGUGGAUGCAGUGAUAGCGUUGACAGCACAGAUGGAGACAAUAACUAGAAAGCUUGACUCUUUGACCCAGACUGUGAAUAUGGUCAGCCAGCAGAAGUCAGUUAUGCGUAAACUAUCAGAGAUAGCAGCUGCAUUAGCCAAUAGAGCACAAGGUACUCUGUCGAGCGAUACAGAAAAGAAUCCAAAGGAACAUGUAUUAGCAGUUGAAGCUAUGAAUUAUGCAACUAUUGAGACACCAUCAAUCAAGCCUGCUACACCUAUUCGAGCUUAUAUGCUGCCUAUCCCAUUUCCUCAAAGGCUUCAAAGACAACCAAAAAAUGAACAAAACAAUAAACUAGACAAACAAUUCAAAAAAUUCUUGAACACCCUCGGACAACUUCACUUCAACAUUCCUUUUAUUGACGCUAUUCUACAAAUUUCAAAUUAUGCUAAGUUUUUGAAGGAGAUGCUGACUAAGAAGAGAAAGCUGCCAGAACAUGAAACAAUAGCACUAUCUGAAGAGUGCAUUGCGAUCUCUAGCACAAGAUCCCUCCCAAAUUUAAAGAUCCAGGGAGUUUCACUCUACCUUAAGCUAGGAUUAGGAGAUCCUAAUGCGGCAUCUAUUAUUCUUCAGCUAGCGGACCGAUCAUUGAAACACCCUUACGAAAUAGUUGAAGACAUUCUUAUCAAGGCGGGGGAGUUUAUUUUUCCAGUUGACUUUAUCAUCCUCGAUGUUGAAGAGGCAUUUUAG